GUCACCCGCUCCCUGCUGGUUUUCUUUUGCGCCGAAACAAUAUACCUCCUCCCGAUUUAAAGGGGAAGUCGUUACUAUCCGAGGCCUUCCGGGCCUCCGCAUAUCCCCGGUCUUUCCUGCUUAGCAGAGACGAGGGCGCGCUAGGUGAGGUUUUUAUGAAAGGAGUAUUUAACCUUCUUUAUCGGGCAGCGAGGACCUUCUGCCAGCUAUCAACAAAGGAAACUUUGUGUCCUCUCGCUUUACACCGCUUCACUGAUCACUUACCUCAUCUUGGUACUUCAUAUUUAAAAUUUGCUAUUCAAAUAUCCAGUUGUCACAACAUGGCAGAGCAGCGGUAUUGUGUAGAGUAUGCCAAGCGUGGGACUGCUGGCUGCAAAAAGUGUAAGGAAAAAAUUGCAAAGGGUAUAGUGCGGAUUGGAAAAAUCGUUCCCAACCCCUUCAGUGAAUCGGCUGGAGAUAUGAAGGAGUGGUACCAUGUCAAGUGUAUGUUUGAGAAACUGGAACGUGCUCGGGCAACUACCAAGAAGAUUGAUGACCUUACAGAGCUUGAAGGUUGGCAAGAAAUGCAGGACCCCGAGAAAGAUCUAAUCAACCAGCAUGUCAAAGAGCUUGCUGCCAAAGCGGGGGCUGCACCAACCCCCCGGAAGAAGACCCCAUCAAAGGCAAACCAAGCCCGCAGGAACACCGGUACCACUCCUGCUAAAUCACCUGCUGCAAACCCCUCACCCCUGAAGUUUUCAGGCUUUUCAGCUAAGCCAAACCAGUCGUUGGCUGCACCCACUUCUAGCAGCGGCUCAGGUCUUUCCACAGCACAAUGUGAUCCCAAGCACAAGGACUGUCUGCUGCGCGAAUUCCGCAAGCUAUGUGCCAUGGUGGCAGAACAGGCAAGCUACAAUACCAAGACCCAGAUCAUCCAUGACUUCCUGACAAAAGGAACGGCUGGAGAUGGCUUUCAUGGAGAUACAUACUUAACAGUAAAGCUGUUGUUACCGGGUGUCAUCAAGAAUGUAUACAACCUGAAUGAUAAGCAGAUUGUCAAACUUUUUAGCCGGGUGUUCAACUGCAACCAGGAGGAAAUGGUUCGAGAUCUUGAACAGGGAGAUGUUUCAGAAACAGUUCGAAUCUUCUUUGAGAAGAGCAAAAGUUUCCCACCAGCUUCUAAGAGUCUUCUGACAAUCCAUGAGGUAGAGGACCUGCUGAAUCAACUUUCCAAAAUGACCAAGGAAGAGGACCAACAGAAGGUCCUGGAGGACAUGGCACACAGGUGCACCAGCAAUGACCUCAAGUGCAUAAUUCGACUUAUCAAGCAUGAUUUGAAGAUGAACUCUGGAGCCAAACAUGUUCUUGAUGCUCUUGAUCCUAAUGCAUAUGAUGCCUUCAAAGCCUCUCGUAAUUUAGGGGAUGUUGUAGAGCGUGUUCUGCGCAACAGGCAGCAAGGCCCCGGAAUGAAAAAAGCGCUCAGUAUUGAAGCUUCACUUAUGACACCAGUUCAGCCUAUGCUGGCUGAAGCUUGCAAAUCUAUAGAGUAUGCCAUGAAGAAAUGUCCCAAUGGAAUGUAUGCAGAAAUAAAGUAUGACGGGGAACGAGUCCAAGUGCACAAAAACGGCGAUCACUUUAGUUACUUCAGCCGUAGUCUCAAGCCUGUUCUUCCUCAUAAGGUUGCUCAUUUCAAAGAUUACAUUCCAAAAGCAUUUCCAGGUGGUAACAGCAUGAUCCUGGACGCAGAAGUGCUGCUCAUCGACACCAACACCGGAAAGCCACUUCCAUUCGGAACGUUGGGUGUUCAUAAGAAAGCUGCCUUUCAGGACGCUAAUGUUUGCCUCUUUGUCUUUGACUGCAUAUACUUUAAUGGCGUUAGUUUGAUGGACAGGCCACUUGACGAGCGCAGAAAGUUUAUGCGAGACAACAUGGUAGAGAUCCCUAACCAUAUUCUGUUCUCCGAGAUGAAGCAUGUUACAAAAGCUGCAGAUCUCGCUGAUAUGAUAACCAGAGUUAUUAGGGAAGGUUUAGAAGGCCUUGUACUUAAAGACUUGAAGUCCAUCUAUGAGCCUGGGAAGCGCCAUUGGCUAAAAGUGAAAAAGGAUUAUUUGAAUGAAGGAGCCAUGGCAGAUACUGCUGAUCUUGCAGUAUUAGGAGCAUUCUACGGAAAGGGGGCAAAUGGUGGCUUAAUGUCCAUAUUUCUAAUGGGAUGCUAUGACCCUGAUAUGGGUAAGUGGUGUACUGUAACAAAGUGCUCCAGCGGCUAUGAUGAUGCCACCCUUGCACGUUUACAAAAAGAACUGGACAUGGUGAAGAUCAGUAAGGACCCAACCAAAAUCCCCCAUUGGCUCAAGAUCAACAAGAACUAUUACCCAGACUUCAUUAUACGAGAUCCGGAGAAAGCUCCUAUCUGGGAAAUCACUGGAGCAGAGUUUUCCAAGGCAGAGGCUCAUACCGCCGGUGGCAUAUCCAUUCGCUUUCCACGCUGCACCCGGUUCAGAGAUGACAAGGAUUGGAAGUCUGCCACUACACUACAACAAUUAAAGGAGCUUUACCGGGUCUCUAAGGAGAAAUCUGAUUUUACGGUUACUGUCGCAUCCUCUCAAGAUGAAGAGGGCUCAUCUGAAACCAGUAGUCGUGAAAAUGAAGGAAGUUCAAGACCACCAACACCAAGUGGGUCACUGAAGGGUCCUAAAACUUCAACCUCAAAGUCACCUGGGAAGAACAAAAGAAGUGACAGUGGUAAAUCUCCAAAGGCAAAGAAAAGUGAAGACCUGCCGAAGGCAGAGAAGAGAAAGACUGUGUCUCCUGUCGUAUCCCAGAGUAAGAAGGCUAAAAUGUCGAAUUCUAACCAAAGCAAUGGACACAAUGUGGUACAGGCUUCGUCCACGUCCAAAACUCUUCUAGAUAUAUUCACUGGCGUGAAGCUUUAUCUCCCAUCUUCACUUGAGGAAUUUGCGAAACUGCGUCGUUACUUCGUUGCCUAUGAUGGUGAUCUAGUCCCGGAAUUUGACAUCCCUUCUGCUACACAUGUGAUGGGUGAUGCUUCUGAGUGUGCUGAAGAUGCCAAGCGUGUUACACCGUGUUGGAUAUGGGAAUGCAUACGACGCCGUAGACUUGUCGCACCAUGCUAAUAAACGCCCUUUUAGCCAGGACAGCCCUUAUGGGCUUGUUUCAAAUCCUGAGGUUUACAGAACAUGUUAAAGUAGAACUCCUGAACGACCAGUUAAAGACCGUACACAAGGUACUGACUGCGCUAGCUGGUAAUGCAGCGGUGUCUUCUCCAGCAAUGAAGGUUUUGUCGCACAUUCAUAACUACAGUUACUAAGUGUGCCCAGUUCUGGAACACCUUGAUCCAGGUUCACAACUCGCUGUACCCAAAAUGUCUUGGGUAAGACCAUCACUUCUGGAUCCUUGCAGCGCUGUUCUGUAGUGUAUAAAUAUAUAACUCAUUUCCCUGGUAAUUUUUGCUUUAUAAUCUGCUCCCAAAAAUAAUUUUAUUUUUCAGUGUAAAUAGAUGUAUAAGAACACUAUUGCUUUUACAUAAUUAGGUGUAUGCAAAUGAGUGUUCUGACUAUGGGAGGAAAUAGUACUAUGUGAACUUUUUAAUGUUGCCACAUUUCCAGGCUCAGUGCUAGUACAAGUGGCCUAUUUCAUCUAGGCGACCGCCUAAACACUGGAGCAGGCAUCUGUUUUAUAUAUGUGCCAUUUUACUAGCUGUACAGCCAAGUCCUACAAAGUGAUGUGGUGUUAUAGAGCAAAUGUGUACGGAUGUAUUAAAGACUGGAUUUUCAGAUGCACGUUUUCUUCACUAAUGAAAACAGCCAGUCCAGUGCUAGACCUCAUUGUCCAGUACAGCAAUUUCUAAUGGACUGUUACAAAGCUUAUAGACACAGAAUAUGUGUAUAGAUGGGCCAUCUGGGAUUGGCAAGCCUUGAUGUGUGAAACUCGGGCUCUAGUACCACAUACUAUCGCCGCAACCACACAGUAACAGUUUGGCGUUGUCUGACAUGGACCAGUUGUACAGAUGUCUCGUUCUUGUCAUUUUGUAGUUUAUUUUGGGGACAAGAAUACAAGGUUAGUUAGUAUAACUAAAGGCAACUCCCUGGUUUACUUAGAGGGCUUCAGAUUUUAUGUAAAAGAUUCUUAAUCACUGUAUACAUGAAACUUUAUAAUAUACUUUGUUUUAACACUUCACCGUUUUUUAAGAUACUAGUGUGCUGUCAGUGAAUAAGAGUAUUAUUAUUUUUUUUUUUAACAUUCACAAUCUGAAAACACCCUAGCCAUGUCAACCUUCUCUCAGGAGUUGUAUCCAGUAUAGACAAUGAUCUGUGAUUGAGAGAGAGAGAGAUAUUGUGCUUGCCAUCCAGCUGAACAGGACCUUAUGUGGGCUGAGUUUGAUACGGGGGUUAUUUAAACACAGCCUCCAACACUCUGAUUGUGGGAACGCUAUACACCUACUACUUCCUUAAAGGGGUUGGCCGGGUUUAGAAAAAUAAAAUGUCUGCCUUCUUCUAAAAAAUA